UAUGUGUAUCGAAUUCGCUUUCAAGAGAGGUGGAAUUACACUCAUCAGGAAUUUCCUUCAUUCAGCUGAAGGAGUCAAGAAGUACUCAAUAUUUCAUAUUCAAUUAGUGGACUUCCAAGUGUUGUUUAAAACAGAUUAUCCAUUAAUUACAAGCUCAGAACAUACACUCAAGGAAAAGUCACUGAUAUCAGAUGUAAAUUAUAUGAAUUAACCCAUUAGUUAUAACUGAUCCAGUUGCAGGAUAUUAAGCCAAAGGAGACAAGAAAUGAU